AUGUGUGGUGGUGAUUGCAGGUUACGUGUGCCAUCUGCGGAGAUGGAGGCCAUCCGACCGUUGAUUGCCCCAGGAGGAGGGCUGGAGGGCCUCCGGUAUGUGCCUGCCCUGCCCUCCCUUAGUCUCCCCACCUUUCUCUCCCGCUCAUGUUUCUCUGUCUGCCUAACCUCUCUUCCUCCCUCCUCCAUCUGCGGAGAUGGAGGCCAUCCGACCGGCAAGGGCAUGGACCAGGAGUAUCAGUCCUUCCUCAACGAGAUUAACACUGGCACGAGACGGCUCUGCAUCUCCUUGCAGCUACUUACCUCGUCCCUUCCCCUCCCCUCUGUUCCCCUUUCACACUCUCUCCCCCUCUCCUCCCCUGUUGUGCCUCAAGCAAUAACACCUUCAAAAUAUCUGAAGAACGGAUAG